UGAACCUUGCGCAGAGUCGGUUGUACGUGCGGUCCGUUGUUGUAAGCCUACUUGGCAAGAAUUUGAAGCACAGGUACAAAAAGUGCGUGCGUCACAAUAGCAGAGUUUGUGAGUGUUUUGUUGUGUAGGGUCCACGUUUGUAAGCGAUAUUUGGGCCUGAUAUAAAAAAAGAAAUAAAAUAGUGCCGGCGGUAUUGGUGCAAACUAAUAUAGUGUCGAAAUAAAGAGAGAGAGGAAAGUGCAUAUAAACAAUGCUGAUACGUUGUUCGCUAGAAGAGUCCUAAGACACCACCCGACACCACGUCCCCGAGAGUGCGUGUGGUUGAUGUGAUUUAAUUUGACGCUAGUAAAGUGAAUUCUUCACCCAGUACACCGGUACUGUGGAAAAAACGCGUGCUUCAACGAGUGUGUGUGUGAGUGCGCGUAUUUGGUACGGCACUUUGGGAAUAUAUCAAAUAAAUACCCAACCAAGCAAGCGGUAAAACUUGUCCCAUGAAUCAGCAACACAAUCACCAUCACAUCAUGAACUCGUACGGUGCCACCACUGAGAACAGUGGCCCGAACCAGCAGUCGACACAAAGCAUUGCCGACUAUCUGGCACAGCUGCUGAAGGACCGCAAACAGUUGGCCGCCUUCCCGAACGUGUUCCUACACAUGGAGCGGCUGCUCGAUGAGGAAAUAGCGAAGGUGCGUGCCUCACUGUUCCACAUCAACGGUGUGACGAAGGAACCGCUGCAGCUACCAGAACCGGAGGGCGAAUCGAUCACCAUGAACGAGAAGGUGUACGUCCCGGUGAAGGAGUAUCCGGACUUUAACUUCGUCGGGCGCAUACUUGGCCCGCGCGGCAUGACCGCCAAGCAGUUGGAACAGGAAACGGGCUGCAAGAUUAUGGUCCGAGGGAAGGGCUCGAUGCGGGACAAGAAAAAGGAGGACGCAAACCGAGGCAAGCCAAACUGGGAGCACCUAUCGGACGAUCUGCACGUGCUGAUCACCGUGGAGGACACAGAGAACCGGGCCUCGAUCAAGCUGAAGCGUGCGCUGGACGAGGUGAAAAAGUUGCUCGUACCGCACGCCGAAGGCGAGGACGAGCUCAAGAAACGGCAGCUAAUGGAGCUGGCCAUCAUCAACGGUACGUACCGGGAUUCGACCACCAAAGUAGCGCCGGCGGACAACACCUUCAACUUCGACCCGCAACAGUACACCGACGAACGGUGGAAGAUGGCGGCGGCAGCGGCUGCAGCCGAUUCGCGCAUGCUCAACCAGGCGACACUGGCCAACCUGGCCGCGGCUAACUCGUUAGCAGGCCGCACCGCACCGAACCCGCUCGGGGCACCGAUCAUCCUGUCGCCCCGCAUCACCGUCCCGACAACCGCUGCCAGCCUCAUACCCGGGUCGGGGCCACCGCCCACGAUCGAUCACACGACCGGACUGAUCUACGCCUCACCCUACACGGACUACAGCUACGCGCUGGCGGCCGCCGGCAAUCCGCUCCUCGCAGAGUACCCCGAACACAGCGUAGGUGCAAUCAAAAAUCCAAGAAGACAAUAUGCGUCUCGCGAUCAUCCUUACUAAAAACAAACCCCUCGAUAAAACAAAAACAAAUCAACAAACAACAAAAUAGCAAAAUAGCGUGUUGCAAAAUCACAAACAAAAAAAAAACAAUAAUUUUAGUAUGCAAAUAAGCGCAAAUGUCCAACAACAAAAAACGCCUUGCAAAAACAAAAAAGUGCAACAGCAUUCUACUACUACAAACAACAACAAUUCACCCCUUUUUUGUUAUUGGCAAUACUACCCGGGCGGUGGGGCAAUAAUUUAUCUAAUAUGACAAGUAUCUAUAAAUAAUUUUUCUUUUAUAUUAAUUUACACUUCACGCCACCCACCCCACACAAACACACAAACACACACACCCACACAUACACUCUAUCUAAACUUAUAUUUGUUUAGUUUUUUUUUACUUUGCUCUAUCUCCACUUUUGUUGUUUCGAAUAAUAUUCAUACAAAAAUAUUAAUAAUACUAUUAAUAACAAACUUUAGUUAUAGUAAUACUGCAUACUGCAUACACACCAAUAACGCCAAGGAUAGCGCAAUCUGCUGGAUGAGAAAGCAAAGCACAAUUAUCUCAAACUACUAGUUUUUGUCGAUUAACGCAUUGAAAUGUCGUAUUGUGUAUAAUAAGGAGCAAAUUCAUUCACCAUCUCCGUUCUGGUUUAUUUUCUAUUUUCUUAUUGCUUUAAAUUUAAUUUCGAUAAAAAAAACAACAUUUACAAGAGAUUCGUUUGAUAGGGAUACAUUUUAACCUACGUUAUACAUUACUUAAUCCGUUUAUUUUCUACUCAUUUAACUACUUUAAUUAAAAUACGUGGUGUUUUUUUUUAUCUCAAACCCUUUAAUGGACCUAGUGCAACAUUAGAUCUGAGCGCAAUGAAAGUCGCAUGAACCGUGAACAAGAGAUAGCAAACGAAUGAAACAUUAAAAUAGUGCGUAGAUGUGCUGUACCAUAAGAGACGGGAAACGGUGCGUACACUAAUCCGUCGAUAGGUAUUAGUAUUAAGAGGAGAGGAGGCAGGCGAAAAAGGAGUGAAGCAUAUUGCCAUGUGCUAUGCAAAUUGUGCGCAAUAACAAUAACAUAACUGAAUUUAAUUAAUUGUUAACGAUACACGAUAUUGUGUAUUAGUGCGAAAACAUCAUGUAUUUACACUACCCCAGAUGGAACUUAAAAGGACACAGAAACGAUUAACUCUUGCACAAUACUACUAAAUGUCAGCUGAACU